AUAAGUCAGAACUAAGGUUAUUGAAAUAAAGCUAAAGGUCAAACGAUCUAAUAAUAAUCUACUUUUAUAGACUCCGUCAUAUAGACCGUGUGUCAUACUCGAUAUAAAGUUUUCAUUGCGCUGGUUCUUUGUAUAUAUAUCAGAGGCUUUGAAUAAGUUUGUACACUUCAAAAUGUUGAGAAAAAUAUCCUUGUUGAUGUUAUUUACUAUCGUAUGGAGUUAUCAAAAGUUUCAAAUGCUAAUACCAAAUGGAGAUGCAGUUCCAAAUCCCUGCAAUGGUCAGUCUGGAAUAUGGGGCGGUGUCGGACAUAAUGUAGCACCAGGAGGCGGACCUAACAACCAAUUUGGACUGGAUUUUAAUUCUUCCGGUAAAGUAUGGACUCCCGAAUUCUGCCAGAAAGAUUCUGACCAGGAUGGGAAAUCCAAUGGAUUCGAGCUUGGUGAUGCAGAUUGUAAAUGGACACCUGGAGGAACUCCCGAAGGAACUGCCACAGGACAUCCGGGUAUAUGCGAGCCAAUGAAUAGUUCAAAGUGCCAGCAAGUAAAUAAAAAUAUAACCUGCUCACCGAACAAUCACACAUAACCACUCAGGAUCCUACGGUAGAGAUAUUGCUUUGUUUCCGGUUUAUCAUUGUGCAAGACGAUCACUAAAUCAUGUAGCUGGUUUUGUCGAAAAUAAAUUGUAUUUUAAAUAUUA